CGUAGAGCUCGGAAGUACCGCCGAAGAUGGUACAAAUCCGAUUGCGAGCUCACUCAGGAGAAAAAACUAGAAACCAAAAAGGCAGCAAAAAUUGCACGAAAAGAAUCUUCAAGAAGGUAGGAAAAGUGGGUCCUGAUCAUGUAAAGGAAGUAGAUCCCGGAUUGCAAUGGAAUCCUGCUGCUCUGCUUGCUGCUUGAGAAUGGGGGAAAGGAGAGAAAAACAAGUCGCUGUGAAUAGCGAACCUAUCUAUUGUUCGAUCCAUAAGCCACAGGGUCAAAUAGUACACAUAACAUUCAAUCCCGACCAGCCGUUGACUCAUGCCAUGCUGCUAUCCGGCAUCCCGGGUACCUGUACCCGGGAAGCACCCGGGAUCAGCGUCGAUCCCCCUGUAUCACACAAUAGACAUAAGGCCACAAUAGACAUUGAAACCACACCCAACACACAAUUGCAAUGCAGUCAGUCCAUGAGUCACGCCACAAAUCACGCAUCGCCUCAUCUAGAUCCACGAUCCGCAGGCACGCCUUGUCGACGACAAAACCACGCAACUAGAGGGUGCGAUGCAGCCAUUCGGGGCCCGAGCCGAGGCCGGCGUCUCCACCCGCCAAAACUCUGCAGCGCAACUCGGGUCCUGCUCCCGAGCUGCUUCUCGCCCUUAUAAAUAAAGGCCAGGAGGGAUGUGGUGAUGCAGAUACAGAACUGAAUAACUUC